AUGGCCAGUGAGGACCUCAUCAGCGUCCCCGUCGGCCUCUGCGCCGCCAUCCUCGGCGAGACCGAGUGCAAGCAGCAGAGCUCGACCAACGGCCUGAUCAACGUUCCCGUUAACGGUUGCGUUGCUGCCCUCGGCAAGGCCAAGUGUGACCAGGUCUCCUCCAGCAGCGACAGUGGCUCCCUGAUCAACGUCCCCAUCAACGUCUGCCUGGCUGUCCUCGGCGAGGCCCACUGCCAGCAGAGCUCCUCCUCUUCCGGCGGCCUGAUCAACAUCCCCGUCAACCUGUGCCUUGCAGUUCUGGGUGAGGUUGACUGCCAGGACGGUGGCAGCCAGACCACCGCUGCCUCGACCACUCCCUGUGAAACUGAGACCAGCGAGGUCGUCAGCUCGACUGUCAUCCCCGGCACCACCACUGCUCCUGCCGCUGCUACCACCACCCCCUGUGACACCGAGAUCAGCGAGAUCGUCAGCUCGACCGUCAUCCCCGGCCAGACCUCCGGUCCCUCUGGUCCCGCUGCCACUGCCACUCCCACCGGCCCUGCUGGCGCCUCUAGCACUCCCUGCGACACCCUGACCAGCGAGAUCGUGAGCUCCACCGUCAUUCCCGGCGAGACCUCCGGCCCCUCUGGCCCCGGUGCCAUUGCUACUCCCACCGGUCCCGCCGGUGCCUCCAGCACCCCCUGCGACACCGAGACCUCCGCCAUCGUCAGCUCGACUGUCAUCCCCGGUAGCCCUGCCGCCACCGGUCCUGCCUCCUCCGGCUGGGCCCCCUCUGCCCCGGCCAGCUCUGGCGUCCCCUCCGGCCCUGGCGGUGUCUCUCCUGUCCACCCCACCUCUGCUAGCUCCAAGCCUGUUGUGACCGUCACCGCGACCAGCUACACCACAAUCUGCCCCAUCUCCUCCGGCGCGGUCCCCUCCGUCUCCAAGACUUCCUCCCUCCGCCGCGUGACUCCCACUGCCCCUGCCCCCAUCGUCUCCGCCUCCAGCGGUGUCCCCAGCGGCUCUGCCUCUGGCUCCCCCUCCCCCAGCGCCGUUCCCUUCAACGCCGCUGGCCGCGCUACCUUCUCCGGUAUCGCUGUUGCCUUCGGUGCUCUCUGCGCCGUCGCCAUGCAGUUCUAA